AUGCAACAUUUAGCUAUCCAUUUCAGAAAUGAAGUCCAGCACGAGCUUAUAGUCACUUGUGGAGAAGAUACUAGGGAGCAUAUAAGGUCUAUUCGAUUAUCCAAUGUCGUAGGAUCAGAUGUUGUUGAGUUUCCCCCACAAAGUAUAAUUGAUUUUCAGAAAUUCAAAUUUCUGAGAGAUCUAGUUAUCCUGAGAUUCAAAUUUGCGGCGGGAAAGUUACCGAGAGGAAUCACUAAACUUGUUCACCUUAGACGUUUGCGUUUAGAAGAGUGUGAACUUGAUAAGCUACCGUCAUCCAUGAGGAAUUUGGUAUACUUGGAUACCCUUGAUUUGAGGUAUUCAAUGAAUGUUGAAGUUCCAAAUGUUUUUAAGGAUAUGUUGCGAUUAAAACACUUGUUUCUUCCUCUCUAUGGAAAUGUGAAUGCUGGAAGUUAUCGAGUAAGAUUGGAUGGAGUAUAUGAGUUGGAGACUCUACUAUGGCUUGAUAGUAGAUAUCAUGAAUUUAAAUGUAUGGGCAGAAUGACGAAUCUCCGACAUUUUUCAGCAAUAACAUACGAUAAUGAAAGAUUAUCAGCUAUCAUGAAUGCCAUUAUGAACUGGAACAAGAUACGGGAAUGGAAGGCGCUGGCAAACUGCGGGAGUGAUUUGUUGAGCUCGAAACUUAGGUAUUUGGAUCUGAAUGAUUGUGAGAUUGAGGAUGAUCCAAUGGGGAUACUGGGAAAGCUUCCUUGGCUGGCAAAACUGGAAUUAUGUCAGAAAUCAUUUGUUGGGGAGGAGUUGACAUGCCCAACAAACAGCUUUCUUCGCCUCAAGAUCCUAGCAUUAAGAGAAUUACCAGCGUUAAGGGAGUGGAGAGUGGAGGCAGGAGCCAUGCCCCGUCUCUUUAAAUUAACAAUCGGAGAGUGUUCUUGUCUGGAGAUGGUUCCAGAGGGAUUGAGUGCCAUUUCUACCCUUCAGACUCUCGUAAUUCAAAGAAUGCCAGAACUGAGUAAAAGGAUAUCACCAUCUGGACAAGAUUUCCAUAAAGUCUGCCAUGUCCCUUCAAUUAUCAUCAAGGACUAG